AGCUUAUCUGCAUGCCCUCGAGCUAGGGAGCACUCUAAAUACGUUACAUGCCCGCUUGCUUGACGAGGCUCAUCUGACACCGAUCUCUGCCAAUCUCCAAGUACCGACUCGGUCAUGGGUCUCGCCACUGUCAACACUUCCUGUAUUUUUCCUUGCUCCUACCCAAGGUGUAAAUAAACCGUUGUGCCUGCUCAUCAGGAAAUCACCAAUUGUCCAUUAUGCGAGCUUUCUACCGGUCCUCAGCUCCUGUUGAAGGUGUAAACGACGUCUCCACCAACACUGGACAACCAGUUCUUGCUGAAGAUCUCCAGAAACUGGGCUUGCAGCUAUCCCACGUUGGUAUCGGGUCUCAGGGCCUCGCACGAGCCAAGAUCAUUGCUCAACAGUCUGGUUCCCUCACCCCCGACGGGAUCAAGCUCGACGGCGGGUCUAUGGGCGAGGAUCGAUGUAAGGCUUUUCUAGAGCUAGUAGAGGCCGCCGUGUCGCAACGCGUGGUCCUCACUAACCAUGUACAGUUUCUUGUGGAAAGUGCUAGUGAAAAUCUGUACUUGGACAUACAAGAUCCAAUAAAAAACAAAUGGAUUCGAAUCGAGUUCUGCGCCGGCGAUUUCUUGGACUUGCCCGCAGGCUUACCACUUCAGGUGGGGUUCAACCCACAAAUAUUGCAAAGUUUCUGCAUCAUGUUGUUCACAAAGACGCCCGGUGCCGAUUUGGACCACUUCAUCACAGGCAAACACAUCGUACUCGGAAAGAGUCCGGAGGCCGAGAAACAUCGCGCCGUAUAUCACAAGGCUCUUGGAAUUUGAAGCACAU